ACUCUGCGGCUGUUCACAACACGGAGCCGUGGGCACGGAGCGGGAUCAGUGGAGACACACGGAGACACACGGGGACACACGGGGACACACGGAAACACGAUGCACAGGACUUCCUAACGAUCUGUUGUCUACACAGAGACGUUUGUUCCUCCAUCCUCAAGAUGCAUAUGAAUAGCUUAAUAAAUCAAUGGACGGACAUCUCCAGGAUGUGUGAUGUGGACGUGUCCCCGGAGCCCAGCAGUCCCACCCUGUACGGCGAGUCUUCAGACAAAUACUACCAUGUGGACCGCUGGCAGAAGCUCCGCACCGCCGUCCGCAAACUGGAAUUCUGGGAAAACUUUAGCGCUGAGCUGAUUGGGAGUGGCUUCUUUUCCAAAGUCUAUAAGGUGAUGCACAGCACCAGUAGGAAGGUGAUGGUGGUGAAGAUCUACAAAAACGACGUGGACCAAGACAGCAUUGUACGAGAGAUCAGCCUGUUGCAGAAACUCUCGCACCCCAACAUCGUCAGAUAUCUGGGAAUCUGCGUAAAGGAAGACAAACUCUAUCCAAUCCUUGAGUAUGUGAGCGGCGGCUGUCUGGAGGAGCUGCUGGCCAUGAAGGAUGUUCCCCUGGGCUGGAGAGAGAAGGUGGAGCUGGCCUGUGACAUCAGCCGAGGAAUGAUCUACCUGCACUACAAGAACAUUUACCACCGAGACCUCAACUCCAAGAACUGUCUGAUUCGGGUGACGCCUCGGGGCCGGGAGGCCCUGGUGACAGACUUCGGCCUGGCCAGGGAGGUGGUGGAGCUGCCAGUCAAAGACCCCGGCAGGAAGCUGUCCCUGGUGGGCUCCGCCUUUUGGAUGGCCCCCGAGAUGCUCAGAGGCGAGCCAUAUGACCGCAAGGUGGACGUUUUCUCCUUCGGCAUCGUGCUCUGUGAAAUCCUGGCCAGGAUCCCUGCCGACCCCGAGAUCCUACCCAGAACACAGGACUAUGGGAUGGAUGUGAAUGCGUUCAGGCAGAUGGUGACUGACUGUCCCCAGCGUCUCCUGGAGUUAGCAGCCAGCUGCUGUAUGGUGGAGUCCUUCCGACGGCCAGCGUUCACGGAGCUGCUGGAUGAGCUGGGAGAGGUGGCCGAGAGCCUGGAGCCGCUGCCCAAAUCGGAUCUGACCACGAGCUGAGUGAUCCGUCUGGGACCCAGCAGCAGGAGCCGAGUGUCUGGGGGGGGUCAGUGUGGGACAGGAAGCUGGCCGGACCCCGAGCCCUCUAUGGUGUAGUGGAAACUGUCCUCACUCUGUGGGACACUGUGUGUGUCCAGAUGACGGUACAGCAUGUCAGCUCUGUCCUGUAUCUACUGUAUGUCCCCGGUUCCUUGAUCUGAUGUGUUUCUGCCUCUUACAUGUGCUCUCCUCUCUGCUGGGACAUCAGCGGACAUCACAGGACACAACUAAGACAUGACCAACCAAUCAGGAGCUAAGGAGAGUUGUAUUUUAAGUUCAAACUUGCAGAAGUUAAAUUUGCUCUGUGUUCAGGUUCACAGUUUAUAGUCUUGGUCAUAUUUAAUGUUGGUCUCAUUUGAACCUAUUUAUUAUUUCCAUAAAGAUAUAUUUUACCUCCAACAUGUCAGCUUUU